AUGAGUCUCGAUCUAACAUUGACUGGCCGUUUCGCAGUUGCUGCCUGCGUUGUGGUAGUAUAUGAUUGGGUCUUAACACUCGGACAAGAGAUUGAGCUCAUCUGGAGACAACGCUGGUCUCUCAUGACUGUGUUGUAUUUGAUUAUACGCUAUGUUGGAAUACCGUUUUCUGUUACCAAUGCUUUGGAAAGUAUGCCAUCAGUCUUGCUGACAGAUGCAGUGAGUGUUCUACAAUCAUCUCAUUCCUAUCCAACGAAUACACUCAUAUGUAGGGGCGCUAUCACGUACUACGCAUCGAAUGGCACAAAUGUGGCCUUGACCGCCAUGUUAGGCGUCAUCAUGAUUGCUCGGUUGCAUGCCAUGUAUCAGGGAUCUAGAAAGAUGCUUAUAUUCCUUGUUAUUAUCUUCCUGGCUGUAAACAUCGCCUGCGGAGUAAUCGCGGUAAUAGGACUCAACGAUACUGCACUGGAGGAGUUCAUAGUCUCUGGCACGUAUAUGUGCUAUUAUGAAUCUGACGGGGUCGUCCAGCUUAUGCUUUCAAUGGUAUGGAUGCUCAACACUGUUUGGGAGGUCCUCGCACUGUCUCUUUCAGUUUGGAUUGCUGUGAAACACUUCCGUGAGCUGCGACGACUUGACCCGUCGACAGGAUCGACAAUUGGAGACUGUUUCACAGUGCUGAUACAAUCUCACAUUCUUUAUUUUGCAAGCUUUCUUAGUGUCUCUUGCCUCCAGCUCGCUAGAGAUCUCUCCCCAGAAAUUUGGGGUUCAAAUUCUAUUGGAGCUAUGAUAGUUGAAGGAGCUCUUGACAUUUUAUGGGCUGUGCAGAAGUUUGUGCUGGGACCACGCCUCAUCCUUAGCGUUCGAGAACACCACGCCAAACUCGUGGCAUACUCCGACACAGAAACUAGCAUGAGUUCGAUUGUAUUCCAGGAGCAUGUACAUGUAUCGACUGGCAGUACUGUGUAG